GGCAGAUCAUGCAGUUUCAACUCAAAUUUUGAGCUUUACGUUAACUAUUUCCCAUUAUGAAGACGGAGACAAUUGUCCUGCUUAUUGUGGUGCUGGGCGCCCACUCGCUGCUGGUGCUGGGCGAUUGCCUAUUUGGUGGAAUGAAUUUGAAGGCGGAGGAGAGCUAUUCGCUGCCAGGAGAGUGCGUGCAGUUCACCUGUCAGGCAGGUGGUGCUAUGACGGGCAAAAUCUGCCCAUCAGUGGGCAGUCUAAGAUGGCCCUGCAAGAUGGUCGAGGAUACCAAAAAACCGUUUCCCCUAUGCUGUCCGUACAUCGAUUGUGGAGAGAAGGAUUUAAGACUAUAGAGAAGGAUACAAAAUUAAUAAAUGCAAAAACCGUAACA